CGCGUUUUCUAUCAAGUUUUUCGUCUUGCAAGCGAGCGACGACCGGCGCGGUUUGUGCCAUCAGUGAUCCACCGUUCUGUCAUCGCCAAACAAUCGCGAUUAUCGCUUUCCCUAUUAAUGCUUUCCGUUCAUCUAUCCUUUUUAUAUAUUUACCUACCGACUUAUUCACCCCAUCUUAUAUGCAAUGCAAAUAUUCCGCGUGAUUAAUCACAAUCAAUCGCUUCUGUCUCGUUUCUCGAGGGACCGUCGUCGGAGCAUCUCGCGCGUAAGGGCGCUUGAGGGCUGACCGUUGACGAAUUAGAGACCUGCUGCCCUCUCGUCUCCCUUAACCUAUAUUAAAGGAUCAAUGAACGUUGUUGCACGUACGCGCGAGGAACAUUUUUCGUCGCAUCGCCAGUCAGAGUCGGACCGCGAUCAACCGCGACUCCGCGAGAGACCGCGAUCGAGCCUUUGAAAACGGCCUCGCUCGCGAAGGUCGGGAACCCGCGAGGGUGUUUGGUCAGGUUUGCUUUCAUGUCGAUGAGUCGGACGAUGGAUGAGAAGGAGGAACUGGUGAAGAAGGCCUUAUUUAGUUUCGUUAGGAAGCAGGUACCCACCGCUCAAUUGAGUUUAAUAGACGACAUUGUGCUCAGUUAUGUAGUGAGUAUGGUAGAAGAAAGUGCAUUGGAAGAGAAUUUAGAUGUGGACGGACUAUGCGAAAUGGUAUCUGCCUGCCUUCCUGAAUUUUCUACUAUCGAGAAAGAGGCUGUGUCGAAAUGGUUGCUCGAUGUAGAGAGUAAGUUGAAGCAGGAGAGUAAGGAGAAUGAGAAUUGCCAGUCUCACAGUGAUCCGCUGAAUCACAUUAGUCUGGCUGCUUUACUGCCGGCCGGUACACAAAGAAUGCGAGUCCAUCAUCUCUCGGAAACGAGUGAUGCUGGAAGCGAUUCCAGUGGAGAAUACUUUUCAGAAGAAUCUUCUUGGCAUCAGGUGGCUCUGUUGCAAGAGAUGUUUCCGGCGGCAAGUACUGCUGAAGCGAGGCAUUGUUUAGCAGUGGCUGGAGGCGAUAUAGCGAAAGCCGCACAACUUGCAUUACAUCGUCAGGAAGCGGGUCAAAGCAUCGUGAGCAAUCUCACGUUUUUAACGCCCAACGGUCGAAACAAAGCAAGAUUGAACGAUGAGGAGUUGAAGUCUCGUAUCAUCGCACGAUACAGUUAUGUUGAUAGGGACGACGAUUGUCGCGAACACCGUCCAGUCGCGCCGAAAACGGAGCCUAAGAAGUUGGUACGGUAUCUUGACAAUAAGAUCGUAAGUGUAAAGGGUGAACGUUAUACGGAAGUACGAAGGGGUGGCGAGGAUGAGGAUGGUAACGAAGGUGGUAGGAAGAGAGGCCAUUGCCGCCCGUAACCAGUCCCUUUGCCUCCACCCCCUGAUCCACCCCCUUGGAGGCAUCUAAGAGAUUUUCGAUUAAAUCUUUAACUUAGAUCAUUUCCAUCUUAUCCGUAUAUAAAAGUAUAGACAAAAUAUUGAAUUUAAAAACGUUUGCAUUUCUGUUGACGUUUCAUUUUCAUAUGCAUCCUGCACAACUCUCGGAAUCUCUUUCGUGUAACAUUAAUUUAUCACCAUUAGCAGUAGACAAUUUUUUACUUGUUUGAAUUUAUUCAUAAAGAUAAUCUUUAAAUGGAUAUCUUUAAUAUUUUAUUUCGUAAUGCAGAUUAUAUCUUUAUCGAGCGUGCAAUGGCCGUUUUAAGUAAAUCUUCAUGUUUAUAGUUUAAAUAUAUGAAGUUACACAAAUACGUUAGUGAGAUCCCUAUUAGCAUCAUAGAUAUACUUACUAAAGACUUAUGAGGAAGAACUUAUUUUGUGUAUGAUAAAUUGAUUACAAUUAAUUAUUUAAGGCGGUUAAGGCGGUUCACGGCUUCCACAGUCAAAUAUUCUUUUAAGCCUUGUCAACUCCACAAUACUAAAAAUCGGCACGAGAAAGAAUUAACAAAUCACAUUUGAACAAUUCGGUAUCAUAACGAUAAUGCGAUUGAUCAAUUCUUUCUCCAUCCGAGAUCUUGGACCGAUUUCUAGCAUCUUGGAUAAGGUUUUGCAAAGAACUUAUCGAUUACUCGUUAUUAAUUUUACAUAGUUAAGAUACGAUUAUAAAAGAGAUACAUAUAUUUGAUUUAGAUAAUUAUUUGUGAAUUGUUAUGUAAAAAAAUACAUAAAUAUUUUAUUAUUUAAAUAAGCUGGCUAUUGUAAAC